UGUAAAUAAUGUCAUUGGUAAUGAUAUGGAAUGCUAUGUCUAUCAAAUAUCUGAUUUGGAUGGGUUUUUUGAUGAUCCGUGUUGUUCUAAGUUGUUGCAUAUAUAUUUCCUUCAUAAAAUUGUACAAUUCAAGAAACAAUUUAUAAAAAAAGAUCUAAUUAUUAAAAAAGUAUGUUGUAUUCCAUACAAUGAUGGGUAUGUGUUGGUGCCGUUACACCACAAUAUAAACAGGUUUACUAUAAUUGUCAAUUUCACAAACAAAAUGUCUUGGACCAGAGCAGUAUGGUUUGAAUAUGCAAAAGAUGGCUCAUUAGAGGAAUAUGAACAGACUCUUCCAUCAAACUGGGUAAAGUGUAAAAAAGUAUUUUGGCCUAAUAAAAAUGUUGAGUCAUCAAUGAAAAAAAUGUCCAAUCCAACUGAUGAUUGGUAUCAAUUCAAACUGAAAUACAUCAAGCUAACUGAUGAUGACAAAGAAGUAUGUGAAGAGUAUGGAGAUAAUGUGACAGCUGGAGAACUGGAUAACAAUGAAAUGAUGGUUAAGAGUUGUCCCAGCUUAUCUGAAAAAAGACAUGCAAUUAUUAAGUAUAUUCCAAAGCCAGUUCCUCCGAAAAUGCCAAUAAGAACUGUUACGCUGGAUACAGAUGUUCCACAAAAAGCAAAAAGGAACAAUUCAAGUCAAAAAAUUUCAUCUGGUUAUACUCAAACCUCUUCUAUACAUGGUGGUUAUUCUGGACUUACUGCUUUAUCAACAGCUCACAUACCAAAGCCAUUUCUUUCAACUACUACCUCUUCUACAUGUGAUGAUUUUUCUAUACGCAAACCAACAUUAAACAGUCAGACUACUACUAGUAUGUUAGAAAGCUCAUUCACAAAUAUUUCCACCAAUUCACCUGCUGUUAUUUCUCAAUCUUAUGUUAAUUACAAUAGAAGAGAUUCUGCUUGUGCUCGGGACGAGUUAAUUAGCUCAAAAAAUCUCGAAGAUAAUGGAUUUUAACAUAUAGUAUUACGGAGGUUGGCCCAAAUAACCUUGCAAAUGAGUGAAAUAUCCAAAAAGUUAGAUGCAGUUAGUGGCACCAGAAUGAAAGAUGUUGAAGGAGAGAUAAUAAUACAAUUUGAUGAUAUAGAUGCUUUAUAUGAGUUCGAUCGAAAACUUGGAGCUGACAAAAGGGUUUUUAAAAAGUUUGUUAAUCAGCUAUCUUCCAUUGGCGGUAACAAUGGUAAAAAAAGUGUUGCAAACAUGAUAAACAGGUUGAUGACAAACAGACUUCAAUCGAAGUUCAAUUUGGUUGGUUCCAAGGGAAAGGUUACUGUGAAGUUACCUAUGGAAAAGUUAAAUGUUUACAAAGCAAUAAUUGAAUCGAUUAGGCGCUGUGAGCCUAAAGCAACAGACAAAGAAACUAGGUCAUUUAUUGCCUCCUGCCUAAAAUAUGCACCUUAUCGUUUGAAUGGAGGUAAACGGAAAUCU